AUGGACAAACUCAACAAUUUCUUUGUUUUAAAGCCCGACUCGAUAAAAGAGCCAACCACAUAUCUUGGUGCAACAAUCUCAAAGCACAAGUUGGAUGGUGAUGAUUAUUUCACCUGGGCUAUUGGAUCAGAAGAGUACCUACAAGAGUUGUUAAGAGUUGUCAAGAAACAAAUUGCCCCAAUGCAACUGACUUUAAAGAAAAAGGUUUACUCAACUUUACCCACUGGAUACAGACCGGAACUUGAUUCUACUCCUUUUGUCGAUGAUGAUACUGCUAUUUUCUACAUGCAACUCAUCGGUAUUCUGCGCUGGCUUGUGGAACUUGGAAGUAUCGAUGUCGCCGCCAAAGUGUCUAUGCUCUCGUCUUACAAUGCAAUGCCUUGUGAAGGUCACUUUCAUGCUGCCUUACAUAUUUUUGCCUAUUUACAGAAGCAUCCUGAUCAUGUACUUGUGAUGGAUUGUGGUUAUGCUCAUCAUCUGAGACCAUUAAAGAAAGCUGACUACUCAAAGUUCUAUGAAUUCACCAAGGAUGAACUCCCAAGUGACAUGCCUACACCUCUUGGCAAAGCGGUAGAGUUUACUAUGUUUGUUGAUGCAUCUCAUGCUGCUAACGUUGUUACUCGUCAAUCAAGAACAGGAGUAUUGAUCUUUGUUAACAAAGCUCCUAUUAUCUGGUAUUCGAAAAAGCAAAACAGUGUCAAGACAAGCAGUUUUGGUUCUGAAUUUGCUGCUCUAAAGACAGGUGUUGAAUUACUUGAGGGACUACGAUUCAAGCUCAGAAUGAUGGGCGUCCCAAUCCAAGGUUAUUGUCAUACUUGUGUUGACAAUAUGUCCGUUGUCAAGAACUCAAGUGUUCCUGAAUCUCAAUUGAAGAAGAAAUCGAACGCUGUCGCAUAUCACUAUGUUCGCUCCAGAUGCGCGAUUGAUAUCCUACAAAUUGAAUGGAUCAUUUCCGCUGAGAACUUGGCCGACGUUUUAACCAAGAUCUAA